AAUUAUUCACGACGGCCUUCACUACCGGUGUAAGAAAACCCCGCUUCCGGUCGCAUGUAGGAACCUUCCCUGACCCAGAAGAACCAGCGGCUCCUCGGGACUUGGGCCCUCUUUAAAACGCGCAGGGGCCCUCAUUCACACCCGGAUGACAUCCGGGACGGUUGUGUGUUCGGAUGGGGUUAGUUUGCGGUCCCUCCGUCCCUGAGGAGACAGACCUUACGUCAUGUGUGGACUGUGGGAUGCUCACCUGCUCCAGGAUACGACAGCAGAACAUGAGGACCAUUUGGGCCAGAGCAGGUGUUUUAGGUUCCGUGUCGGUGGCGUUCGGGUCGAUGUGGUGGUCGCAGCAGAAGACUGAAGUCGACCCCAUGGCGUCCAGCUGUCCCGCGGUCCACACACACUCUACCUCUCCCUACGAGCUGAAGCUGGUGCAGGUUCUGUUCCGGCAUGGGGCCAGAACGCCCCUCAAGUCCAUUCCUGACAUACUGGAGGCCCAGUGGGUGCCGUCCCUCCUCCACCCCCCAGCCCACACCAAGAUGAACUACGUGGUGACGGACCUGGAGGGCGGGCCGCAGCCCCCCAUGCCCGUGGAGGACAGCUACAGGAAGACCACCCUGGCUGGGGGGACCUUCCCUGGGCAGCUGACCACGCUGGGCAUGCAGCAGCUGUACGAGCUGGGGGAGAGGCUGAGGAAGAGAUACGUGGAGGAAGACCCCUUCCUCAGCCCUGUCUUCAGCUCCACCGAGGUCUACGUGCGUUCCACCAACAUCGUGAGGACCAUCGAGUCCGCCAAGUGCCUGGUGGCGGGCCUCUUCAAGCAGCAGCAGACAGGCGCGGUGCCCAUACUGACGACGGAGGCUCUGUCUGAAAGCCUGUACCCCAACUACAACGGCUGCAAACUCCUCAAGAUGAUCGCAGGACACCGCUGGGCAGAGUCAGCGACGGUCCCCGACAUCGUCGACGACCUGAAGCGCGUCCACAAAGCCCUCGGCAUCUCGUCCAAUCAGCGCGUCGACUUCAUCCUCAUCAGAGACGACAUGGUGGCCCGAGAGGCCCACGGGCUGCCCUGCCCGGCCGUGCUGCGGGCCUGGAGCUCCACGGUGGAGCGGCGGGCCGUGGACAUGAUCUACCACAUCUACGAGCCCAGCAAGAGGGAGAACCUGCAGCUGUGCGUGGGGCCCCUGCUGCACAUGCUGAUGGGCAACAUCGAGGAGAAGCUCCUGGGAACGGCGGCGGAGCCCGACAGGAAGCUGUUCCUGUACUCGGCCCACGACACCACCCUGAUCCCCUGUCUGAUGGCCAUGGGGAUCUUCGACAUGCGCUGGCCGCCGUACGCCGCCGACAUCACCCUGGAGCUGCACCAGCACCGGCAGACCAAGGAGGCCUUCGUCAAGGUGUCCUACAUCGGCCAGGACCAGCUGAUCCCGGGCUGCAGCGGCGUGUACUGCCCCGUCCAGGAGUUCAAACAGGCCCUGGCCGCCUGCUCCCUGUCCGCUGACCUCUACCAGUCCCGAUGCAGCAACACCGAGGGCGUGGCCGCGCCCUGAGCCCCGCCCCCUGUCCGUUAGUCCAAGGAGGCGGAGUCUGUGAAGGUCCUCGUUAAGGUCAACCAGCAGACGUCCUUCAGGCAGCGAGGCGUUGCAUCUUAACGACCAAAACGACCUUCAGACGUUGGUUACGAUUUAUCGCACAAUGCUAGCGGGGGAAACCUGAUGAUGUUGGAUUGUAUUUAUUUUCCUAUUCCCGAUUCCCAAGUUAUCCCAGACAGAACAUGAAUGAAUAAAUGAGAACUUUUAUCAACGAUUAGAAUACAAAAUCACAGGUCAGUUCUUCUGGACUAUCCAGUUGUGUUUUCCGCUGUGAUGCUAACCUUUAUCACACUCAAACGAAGAACACCCGACUACAUUUUUAUUUGGCUGACGCCGAGUGCUUUCACGGCCGAGCGGUCCUCAGUGUCUGCCCUAUGCAAGCCUUUUAUCAUCACGCUGAACGAUGCCCGCUGAUACUUGAAGAUGCAUGCACCGCUCAAUACACUGGGCAUCUAUUUUUUCACCUCUAAGUUAUUUCAAAUACAUUUUGGUUUUGCUUUGUGGAUUAAUAAUGAAUAAAGAACUGGUUGAACUCA